GUUGUACUGGGACUCUGGUUACUGCACUUGGACUGGUAGGAACCCACGGCACCACCUGUCGAAGCCAUCAUGUAAAGAGACAAGCAAAGAGAAACGGAGAUACAAAUACAGAUAACAAGAGUGUGUAGGUGAAUGGAAACAUAAAAAUUUUCCAGUUUUUCCCUAGGGUCCAGGGGAAAUUCUGGCACCGCUUGCUGAUCAGGUAGAAACAACAAUCGAAUACCAGUCAAGAAAAUGCUUCGCACGCGUUCAGAAGUCUUUGUGGGAUUGCUUAUGAUCCUGGGACCAGUGCUGGCCCGCUCGAAUCUUGGGAACCCGCAGGAACUGGAGCUAAGUGCGCUGCGCACCCACAAGCAACUUUUGCAGGCGGAAAUCGCACGUCUCUUUUUAGAGCAACCGCCUCGAGCGGAAACUCAACUUCUGUUGGAUGAUCUUCAGCUACGAGAUCAUCAAAUAGGCAUUCAAAUAGAAAAGCUCGAGGAAAUCUCCAAGGGCGAGACCACGCAGAGGCUGGCCAUAAAUCUAACUGCUGACUUUGAACAUCUGCAGCAUAAACUCGAUGAUUUGAAACGCCAACUUGAGUUGCUCGACGGACGGUUUUCCACCCAAGGGAAGCAACUCGACGGACACUCCUCGGAAAGCGCAACGGCGGCUGCCCCCGGAUUGGGUUCCUUUUUGUGGGGACCCUUGCUGACCAUGCCGGAGUUCCCACAGGGCAGUGUGGCCAGCGACCAGCAACAUAACCACAACAUCCAUCCCCAGGAUCCGCAGCAGGAAUCCAGUCCCUCCAUCAUCAAAAGAGUGCUGGAUAUGCUGAGGCCAUCCAUGGGAGUAGCAGGUCUGCGGAGUCGUUGGGCUGAAUCAGCCAAAUCAGCUGGAACACCAAAGCCCGCUCAUCCACUUAGCGCUGAGGAGCUCCUGCCGCAACUGCAGGAGCAGCGCAGGUUUCUCGACGAUGCAAUUACGCGACUGGAGCUCUUGGCCGUCAAGAAGGGCUCAAACAAAAACUAAAAUAUAUGGAAAAUUCAGGAAAAUCAAGCACUUAAAUCCAUCCAUACAAAAGUACAGCUACCUGACGGAGCAG